UUCAACCUCACCUCUAUAAAGACCUGUCUCAAAACAACACGCGUGCUAAGUCGCCGCCCUCGGUACAUAACUUCAGUGAAGUGCAGUGUCUAAAAGACUAUGUGAAAUCAAGACACACGUUAAUAUGUGUAAUUUCGCGCGCAAAAUGAAAUAGUAAGAGUAAAAGGUGGCCCCCGGCAUGAGGUCGGGGGAGGGCGAAGGCUCCGAGCUGGCGGAGUUCGGCGCGCGCUGGCCGCCGCCCUACACUGCCUACGGCUGGCGCUCCGCCACGCCGCAGCACCCGCCCGCCCACCAUCUCGCCAGGCAUUCGCGCUCGCAGCAGUGGUUGCAGGACAACCGCCACACGAGCUACGAGGCGGAAGAUGCCCGGGUGCGAGCUAGAGGUGGGGUUUACUAUUCCCCGCCGGGUACCUCAUACACUAUUGUGGAGCGACCGGCCUCCUCCCACGGGCACCAUCCGGCCUACUCACAUUAUCCAGGAAAGCUUUCCCGUACUCCAUAUGUUGGCUCUACAACGUUAGCGAAUAGCGCCGCAGGUGCAACAAGUUUACGAAAUAGUACCAGUCAUUUAUCUGCAACCAAUGGGAAGAAACGGCCGAUAUCGCCAGAGCAAGUGCUAAGGCUGUUCGGCCAAGGUGGUGCUGCUGCGUUGGGGAAGGCGCUGCCACCCUCACAUCCACCAGCACCACUACCAGUUCCUCUACCAGCACCUCUACCGACACGGCGGCAUUCACCAGCAAGUAGUCCAAGCAGUACAACGCAUCACGCUAUCUAUCGUGGAGCUGAAAGAGAAAGGCCGUACUCCUCGGGAGGUGCGCCGGCGCCGCCGGCGGAGCCUGCCACCCGGACUGUUACCAUGAGUAGAGACCCUGCUGACUCACAUGGUUUUGGGAUAUGUGUCAAGGGUGGAAAGGAAGCUGGCGUUGGUGUGUACAUAUCUCGAGUUGAGGAGGGCUCUGUAGCAGAGCGAGCAGGCCUUCGCCCUGGGGACUCCAUCUUGCAAGUCAAUGGGACCCCGUUCUCGGGAAUAUCACACGAAGAUGCUCUCAAAAUGCUUAAAUCGUGUCGUCAGCUCACAAUGAUGGUGCGAACGGCUGGAGCACUGGUGGGGCGGGCUUCCUGUUCCUGGAUGGACCGGUAUGGAAGACCAGCAUCCCCUCCACCAUUGAAACCACCCCGGUCCGCUAGCAAAGACCGUUCGAUACGACGGGUGGACCUUUGCAUCGAACCAGGGCAGUCAUUGGGGCUAAUGAUUCGUGGAGGUUUGGAGUACAACCUUGGUAUCUAUAUCACUGGAGUCGACAAGGAUUCUGUUGCUGAUCGAGCAGGGCUUAUGGUUGGAGAUCAAAUACUAGAAGUGAACGGACAGUCGUUCGUUGACGUGACGCAUGAUGAAGCAGUCGCACAACUCAAAUACCACAAAAGAAUGUCUCUCUUGGUCAGAGAUGUUGGCAAAGUGCCGCAUGCGUGCACGGCCUAUGGAGAGCGGGACGCGGCACCUAAAAUUAGCGGUUGGGGGCGUCGCAGAGGUGCAGCUGCAGUGGCAGUGGAGCAGAAAGCCAAAUCCCUGUUGCCUCAGAGUGAUCUCCCCGCGAUGGCGUAUUAUAUGGAGGAGUACGCCGCAAGGCGACUUACACCGGACUCGUUCUUGACAGUCCUGAGAGAUCUUCUAGAUACACCCCAAAAGUAUUCACUUCUUACUGAAAUACGGGAGUUCCUCUUACCAGAAGAUCGACCGAGGUUUGAUGAAUUGGUUUACAGAAGAGAUGAACCACCACCCGAGCACCAUUUAAAGCGCGGCGGCGAAAGACACUUACUCCCUUCAUCAACAAUGCAUGAUCUACACGACCCGCAGGUGCCGUCUGAAGUACCUCUAAUGGUGGACCACCGCUCUCCAUCUGAAGACUCCGGCUUGGGUCUUCCGCCCCACGAAUCUUACAGGAGCGGCCGUGCCUGGAGGGCCACAGAUGCGCCACCUUUGGAAGACGACCUGGAGCCUCCUCACGAGGAGUACGAGGAGGAAGGCCGGCGUUCGAGGCGACACUCGUCACCAUGUAACUCAAGAGAAGGUAGCACCACGGCGCUACACACACAACACUAUGAUGAUGCUGACCAGCGCGGCUACCUCGAAGGUCUGCGUUCAUCACUCGGUGGCUGGACGCAGAAAGUUAAGUCAUGGUACUGGGGACGACCUCUAGAACUAGCACACAAAUUGUCGAGAAGUUUCGAUAUGAAGGAGGAGGGUGGUGCUCUGUUAGAUGAUCGGGGAAUAAGGAGACAUCAAUCUAUGCAAAGACUACAACACGGGGAAGGUCAAGAUGAGAAUCGUACUGCGAGAGUCGUGCCGGACCAUCAUGGAAAUCUACAUAUAACUGUAAAGAAAACCAAGCCCAUACUAGGCAUUGCGAUUGAAGGUGGCGCGAACACGAAACACCCACUGCCGAGAAUAAUUAAUAUCCACGAACAUGGUUCAGCGUAUGAGGCUGGGGGACUGGAAGUGGGUCAACUUAUACUGGCGGUGGAUGGUCAGCGUGUUGAGGGGAUGCAGCAUCAAGAAGUGGCACGGCUUAUUGCCGAGUCUUUUGCUCAGAGGGAUAAACCGGAAAUAGAAUUCCUAGUAGUCGAAGCAAAGAAGUCCAACUUAGAGCCGAAGCCAACAGCUCUUAUAUUUUUGGAGGCCUAACAUCUACUGUCCCUCCCCGCCAGCGACCCGCCGUCCGCGCUGGGCAACGCGACGUCUCGGGUCGACCUCACCGCACCCACCACGGAAUAGCCAACUCCAACCUGCGCUGUCACAUGCUCUUCUAAACGAUUCCGAUAUACGCCGGCGUUAACAGUCUCGUCGUUUAUGGUUUUUGAAAGUUCUUCCGAAAAAAAUUUUUAUUCAGCGAUCUCCUAGAGAUAAUUUAAGAUCAACUCCCAACUUCAGAAGAUAGCUAUGACACUAUGACUAUAGUUUGAAUAAAAACAAAAACCGAUCGGGACUGACGUCAGCAACAGAAAAGCAUUAGCUUAAUUGCUUACGCAAACACGACAGGCGCAAAUCGGUAAAACGUUUGCUCUAUAUUGAAAUGGUGUACGUUUAACGUUGCAACGGACUGUAAUGAGAAUACAAUUAAGCAGGUUUCCGAAGGCUAAAGUAAUGGCACAAGGGAGGCGAAAAUAAAUCCUAAACCUUACGAACUUUUUAAAAUUACUCAAAAAGCACAUUGCCCAACUUUGAAAUGUCCAUAACAUCUGGACAGCACGGGUAGAGAAAUUUUGGAAAUCCUUUUCUAUACUGUAACCAUUUUGCCAGUAUGGUGACUGAAUUUUAUAAUCUAAUUUUACUAAUCUACAUUUUAAAAUUAUCACUAUCACAAAAGGUUAUUCGCAAGGUAGAAUUUGAAUCAUCUAAAUAGAAGUAGGGUUAUGAAGUGAUAGUUUCGCUAAUAGUUUGGCAUUGGUGCUAUGAGUAAUAGAUCAUCUUUAUAAAAUUUCGCUUGAAUCAUGCAACUUUUAGAGCUUUGUUUCGCGAGCAUUUCACAAAAAUAUCAUUAGAUCGACGUCAUCCAUGUGCCAUCAUUGCAUUCAUAGAUACUACGCGGGUCAUGUCAUACCAGAUCGUUGUUUCGAUGGUAGGUUUUAGAUACAGUUUAGUUUGAGUUUAAUGUGAAUGAAGUUGAAUUACAUUAGAUCUUUACUUUUAAUCGACUUAAAGUACCUCAACUUAUUGAUCAUCAAAUGAAGCGACAUAUUAGGAAAGUUUUUGUACUCUUGGGUAACGUUUUGAAGUAAAGAUUCCUUCUACAGUUCAAAAUUCCUCGAAUUUAACUGUCGUUCACAAUUAACUCGCACUAGGUCCUUAGCAUCAUCACGUCGCCAGUAGAGUUGAGCUUGCAGCAAGGCGCAAACUAAGCAACUAAUAACAACGACAUUGGAAAUUCUCAGAAUGCGACUGACAGCCUUAGGAAAUUUUGAUUUAUAUUUAUGUCCAGUUUGCUUAGAAGAAAAAGCGCCACAUAUUCCAAAUUGAAGCGGUGAGAUAAGGAGGUUAUGGCGGAGAGGGAUUAGCCCACUCAUUGUUUAAUGUAAACAUAGUAUAAUUGGUGUUUGCAAUAUAAUCGAUUUUGUGUUAGAUGUUAGAGACCCCACGUCACAUUUAUGUCAAACCUGUAACCGAUAGACCAAAACGUGAUUAGUUGCUUUGCCAAAUUGCAACUUUCUAAAUUCACGUGACACACAAUUUUAUCGCGUGAAUUUUAUGAUCUCGGAUAAAUUUGUAUGUUAUGAGUUCAUAAUCUGUAGGCCAUAGGAAAUUAGAAUUUCUUAUUUUUGCUCUAAGCGGCAACAAACACAGCAAAUCUUAUCAUUCGUUCUAUCUCUCAUUUCUUAUGUAUAUUAAGGGUUCACAUUAUUGAAACUAAGUUUUUAAAUAACCAAAUCCUCUGAUUGUACUAAUUUAUUCAAAUAUCUUUAAUAAUAACUUUUAAUUAUUAGACCGUUCCUUAGGAUUCACUUAGAUUUAGUAUCUUCCCAAGGGUUUGAAGUUUGGUUUGUGAUUUACACUGACUACGAUUGUUUUACAGCGGUGAACACAGGCAUCUGUCUUAGAAAUAAAUAAUUAAACCCAUCUAUCAUGCCUCAUUGAGCUUAACGGAACUUUUGCCUUCUAACGUAAAUCUAUGGCCUACAGCUUAAAGUUGACGUCACAAGCUGCAGAAAAUAUAUAACCAAUCAUUGUCGUUGUCGCUGAAGCUUAAUCAAUGUACAUAAUCUGUAGAUAUUUCACUAGUAUUACACAAAUGAUAUUAAGUGUUAUAUUCAAUAAUUUAAAUCGUUUAAUUAUCGAAACAUUUAAAAUGUAUAUAAUAAUUGGCGUAUCAUUUUACAGUAGGGCCUGGGCCUUUAUUAUCUUAGGCGUCUUAGAAUUGGUAUCACUGUGGUGGACCACGCGGCCACUUUAUAUACGCCUAUGUAUAUAACUCGGUAAUGUAAAUAUGUGUAAUAUAACUAUUCAGAUUAGUGCCAAAAGCCUAACCCUUCAUAUAUGUACAAAUCAAAUGCAGUUUAUCUACCGAUUAGGUCGCUAAUUCACGAGAUACGCUUUUUAAUAUAGGAUUUGAUAAUAAGGUUUAAUUAUAUACGGCAUAUGUUUUAUUUUAAUGAUUUGUAUAUAUGAAGUAUAUUCUCGUGGACGGUUUCUUCUACUUCUUAGCUAUAACUUUAAGAUCCUUUGUAGAUUGUAAUAAAUUCAUAUUUAUCAUUCUAAUUUUAUUAUCUGAAUGAAUGUAUCUUAACGUCAUAUUUUAUUCGGUUUAGGCGUAUAAAAUGUAACGGGUUUAAAGUUCAUAAUAUUUCUUUCUUAAAUUGAUGAUUCCAAUGCUUUAUUUACAGCAGUGAUUAUCGAGUUAAGUUAAUGUAAUAAUAUAGUUAAAACCCGUUAGUUUUAUUUAAAUAAACAUAUUUGCUUAAAGUGUGACUAACUAUAUAAAAUAAAUUUAUUUUUACAGAGAAUUUCUUUAUCUGGUAUAAUAAAUGUAAUGUAGAUUAAUUUAUCACUUGCGACUAUGUCAAUUCAUUUAACAAAGCAAUGUUUAAUUAGUACCUAUUUAAUAGGUUAAUUAUUAGCAAAAUGAUAUACGUACUAUUAAAAUUAUGUUAAAAUUAUUCCCAUAAAAGUGCAGUUUCAGGUUUAAUAGACACGGGCAGUGAAAGGCCAACAUCGUUAUUAAUUAUUAAUAAAAAGUCUAUUAUUCGAGGAUAUAUGACUAAUUACCUAAGUACUAGUUCUUUAACUAACUAGUUCUAAGUUUAAGUUUUGGUGUAUUAUAAUUUUUUGUCCUGUUAAAUUUAUUAACGCAGAAAUUAUACAAUUUAAUUUUUAAAUUUGUUUUUGGAAUACGCUAUGUACAGCGUGCAUCAUCAUUUCGUUUUCUUCAAAGGAAAACUUACGAAACUAUAGUCAAUAGAUGAUGAUGUUAUAUUAUCUCGCAUUAUCUAUGAUGUACAUAAAACCCUACGUGUAAAUUCGGUGCAAUUAUCACGCGUUUCACGGCCCGUGUUUAGGAAGCAUAUACCACGAUACACCUCAGAGUCGAGACUUAACGCUAAGUUACUUCCUUAUGUCAACGAUUGACAAGCUAAGUCUCGGCUCUGAAUCAUUCCCAACGUCACUUGCACAAGAUAUUAUUAUAACGCUGCCUUAACCGUUGUGCUAGGUAUAUUGAUAUGACAAAUAAUUUUUUAAUAGAAAAUUAUUUAAUCUAAUUAUCGUACCUUAAAUGCAAAUACUAUCCAAUGAUUUUUCUAUUAAAUAUUUUCAUCGCUAUAGCCCAGCAAAUUCCUAUCUAUUCUAUACCGUCCAUUUAUUUUUCCUCAGUUUGUUAUUUAUUGCGAAUAUUGUAAGGACCUCGAUGUGUUAUUAGGUCAAUAGAACCUUCAUGCUGGCAUUACGUUGAGAAGAUCUAUAUUGUAGUUUGUUGUUAAGUUUGCCGUUGAUAACAAAAUAUAUUGUUACCUAGA